AUGAAUUCUACAGUUUUCGGUAUUGAGUACAUUGGGAGAGAUAAGGUUGGGGAACAUAAAUGUAUGUUUAACAUCACUUCUGUCAACGACAACAGAAAUCUUGCCCGAAAACUGGAUCAAAUAUCAGCUGCAAUUAAUCUUUAUUUUCCUCCUGUCUUGCUUGUGAUGGGAACAAUAUGUAACUGUAUUGUUAUCAAAGUCAUGCGCAGCAUGUAUUUCCGGUUUCUUUCGACUUCACUUUAUAUUGCCAUCAACGCUUUUAUAGAUAAUUUCAGUUUACUGUUCUUAUUGACUGUUCAUUGGAUUAAUGCCAACUUUCCAUGGAUAAUUUACAGAGGAAACAACGCACACUUUAUGUGUAAAGCAUUCAAUUUCUUCGGUUGGACCAGUAGUGAUCUUGGGAUUUUACUGACCGCCGCCAUGACACUCGAAAGGAGCCUCGCAAUCACUUUUCCACUAAAAGCUCAAAAAUGGUGUAGUGUUUCGCGUGCUAAACACAUGUCACUAUUACUGCUUGUUUUGGCUGUGAUUAAAGAUGCUCAUUUCCUGUUUACCUCUGGUUUGAUAUCGCAGAAACAAAAAUACAAACUAUGUGAGAUUUCUUCAAGUAACAAGAAUAUGGUGAUGUUCUGGCUUCGCAUCUGGCCUUGGAUCCAUCAUAGUUUUUUGUUUAUAAUGUUUACCGUCAUCAUUAUCAGCAACAUUAUCAUUCUCCGUCACGUCAAAUUGUCUUAUAUAGUGCAAAAAGCAGCACAUGUGUACCACAGAACCGGAAGCAAAAACAUGGAAAGUAGGGUACAAGUGUCUUCAAAUCCAAGAUCCCGCAGACGCCAGAUUCUACUGAUGUUAUUGGCGGAUUCAAUUACCAUUAUUAUAUGUACGUUGCCUUUUUCGAUUUACACUAGUGUGACGUCAAAUAUUGUUAUAGAGGAAGAGGAGGCUAAAUCUGCGGAUCUCCUGAUCUAUUCUGCUUCAUUCUACCUUCUUUAUAUCAAUAGAUGUGCAAACUUUUACCUGUAUUGUUUGAGCGGAUCGAGGUUUCGUUUCGCUUUAAAAUUUGUAUGUACGUGUAAAAGAACGUUGUCUAAUUCAUAUCGAAUGAGUAGUAAUGCACAGUCAGUACCUGAUACUACUCAUAUCGACUGCCAAAUGAAUUCCAUAGCUGACCUAGAGGAUACAUAUGUUUGUAGAAUGUGCGAGGGAUGA